AUGAAGCCUGUGUGUCAAAUCGUGUGGUCCUGGCUCCUGUUAGCUCUGUUGAAUGCUGAAGCUUCAGGUUCUGUAGCCUCACCUCCUUGGCCUCAGAAGCUUCUGGUUCUGCUCCUGGACGGAUUCCGCUGGGACUACGCUGAGAGGCUGAGCCUGCCCAACUUUCAGCGUCUGCAAAACAUAGGCGUCAAAGCCGGGUUCGUCACAAGCGACUUCCCAACACUCUCCUACCCAAACUACUACAGUCUUAUGACAGGACUACACACAGAGAACCAUGGCUUCAGCGGCGACUACAUGUUCAGCGCUGACCAGAUGGAUUAUUUUCGAGCGGGUAGAAACCCAGAAACUGAACACGCUCACUGGUGGGAGGGAGCCGUGCCGAUCUGGGUCAACACCACGCUGAAGGUCA